AUGAAUCCUGCAGCAGCAAGACCUGGAGCAGCACCUCUUAAGGGGGAGCAGCAGCCUGAGCCGGGGUCUCCAGCAGCAACAGCAACACCAGCAGGUGCUGCAUCAACACCACCACCAGCGGCAACAACAGCAGCAACGGCAGCAGCAGCUGCUGCAGCAGCAGCAGUUGUAACAGCAGCAGCUGCUGCAUCCCCUGGGGAGACAGCAGCACUUCUGGGGGGAGCAGCAGCAGCCCCUGAAGUGGAGAUUAUUCAUCUUCGAGACGAAGCAGAUAAGCAGUAUUUAUUGAAUUACGUAUCGAAGGUGUAUGCACAGAAGCUGUGUAGUUUAAAGAAGGCGUGGGCGAGUGAUGCAGCAGCAGCAGCAUCAGCAGCAGCAGCAGGAGGAGCAGCAGCAGCAGAAGAAGAAGACCGAGUGUACGUGCAGCAGGUGCAGCAGCAACCGAGGCCUCUGCAUGCAAAUCGCUUUGUUCUUUUAACUUUAUAUCUUCUUGCUGUAUUUCUAAGGGGCUGCACUUAUUGGGGCUGGAAUGGCAUUCAAGAUUUAUUAUAUAAGUCUGGGGCUUAUGCUUGGCUUUGCAUGGCUGCAGACCCGGGGUUCUUUUCUCUUCUAUGCAUUGCGAACUUCUUCCCGAAGUAUGAAAGCACAGUAUACGAGCAGCAGCAACAACAGCAACGACAACAGCAACAGCAACAGCAACAGCAGCAGCAGCAGCAGGGGGCAUCCGUAUAA